AUGUCCACUUCAAUGCACUUUGUGUUAAGCCCUUUGCCAUCGACUGAUGAACAGCUCAAUGAGAGACUUCGGGAGACGAGUGAAAAGAGUGGUCGAAACGGAUGUCAAGCGAACGCGUCAUCAGUUUUCCAGUCCAUCAAAACAUUGUCUGUGAGUCAGUGUUGUGUCGGCUCUUCUCAUAUCGCACUUCUUCUUGAGGACGGACGCAUUUGUCGGGUCUCUUAUUCAGUACUCACCGAUCGGUUGGAUUUGUCGACCACUGAGUCAUCAAAAAUCGUUAAUCUGAAAGGAAGUAUUGGUAGUCAUGUGUCGAGUCUGGCCUCCAAUCAGCGGUCAAGUCCUGCGGCCCGAAGAGGGCGUAUAUUACGGACGUCGAGCAACGGGAGAGGUCGGGGCGGUGCCAGCGUUAUAAUGGGUGGACGACCUGUAGUUCCGGCGCCCUUUGUUCCCGAAGAUCUGGUAACUCAGGCACAGGUUGUACUUCAGGGCAAAUCACGAAACCUGAUAAUCCGUGAACUGCAACGAACCAAUUUGGACGUCAAUCUCGCC